AUGUCAUCGGUGAGAAACCUCAUGCUGCUGGUUCUCAUGUCAGGCAUUCUCAACAAGAUCGACCACGAGGACGCACCUCAUGAGCCGCCUACCUCGGAUCUUGUAUGCGGAAUGGAGAACGUUGAGUCUGUCAAUGUGACAAUCCCGGAGCACGGGUGGCACCCGCUCCGGAUGAAGAACUCGGCCGAGGCGGAUCAACCUACCGCAACGUGGCUGGAGAACCAGAGGCGCGAAUUCGCGACUGGAAACUUGAAGCGCUUGUCGGAGAUGUGCGGGCGGCCGCUGGGUUGGGAGCCGACCAGCGAGUUCAUCUACGAGCUCGUCCCGCAACUGCGCCAGCAUGUGCACGAGCACCUCCAACGGACGAAAGACUCUCUGCACAAGUUGCCUUCCGAAAUCACUGAUGGAGUGCCCAUCCUCCUCCAGAACCUCGUCGGUCCCAUCUCGCGCGCCCUGGAGCAAGCCUUCCAGACGGACGCCAAGUUCAUUGACGCCCUCAUGCAGGUGCGGAAUAGCCUGCAGCAGGACUUGGAAGCCACUAUUCCCGUCUCUGCAGUGGCAGGUGGGGAGGAUUCAAACACGGGGGAGUCCAUCAAACGGCUAACGGCCAAGGACGUCGAUGAGGCGCUUCGCAAAAAUGCCAAUCCCCGCGAGCGCCACCUCCCCUCAGUCUCUCUGGCUGUGCAUGAGCUCAGCGACCGCUCGGACUGGGAGGGCCUGGCCAAGCAUGCAAACCACAAGUUCUGGGACGGAGUAUCAAGCCUUCGUGAGAGGCAUCGUAGACUGGCGAUGGAUAGGCAGCGCCAGCUCUUCAGGAGUGCCGUCGACGCCCAGAUCUCCGCAUACACGGAGUUGGUGAUGUCGCGACAGGAUCUCUCGCUUGGUCUGUCGGGCUCAGCCUUCGUAAAGGCUGUCGCUGCCAUGGCCGAGACCAUUGAGAAGGAGUGGCCGAGAGAAGCGACGAGCGAGAAAGAUGGCAGUGAAACCCCGGACCACCUAAUCUUCCCCACCGACGCUUCACCGGCCAAGUGGCCACCUCGAUACCGCCGCCUCUGCUGCGAGACCGCUGCAAUGACGAUCAUCCGCAUGAAGCACGGCAGCAACAGCUUACUGGAAUACGUCGCGAACACAGUGAGCGUCGAGAUGCUCCGCUGCAUCCGGGAGACGCAGUCUGUCCUCCGCGCCGCGUUCGGUAUGGACCGAGUGGACGAAGAGCACAAGCGCCGUAUUGCCACUGUGCUCGAUGCCGAUCACGACACCAUCGCAAAGCGUAGCCGACUCACCAGCGAGAAGAGGGGCUUGGAGAAUAUCAAGGCGACCAUCGAAGCAAAGUUUGGGCGUGCGGGAGAUGAGUGGAGCGCGUUCUGA